AGGCGCCAUUUCCGUGAAGGGGAAAGGCGGUGCGGCCUGUAAUCAUGGCGCUGUUCCCGGCCUUUGCGGGCGUUAGCGAGGCCGCCGCUAGUGGGGGCUCCAGGAAAGAAUUAGACUGGCUGAGCAACCCAAGCUUUUGUGUAGGAACCAUUUCGUCGCUGAGCCAACACACAGAAGAGGCCAUAGCCCGUGUUUCUGAGGAGUCACCACUGGCAAGAAAAAAAAUUCAAAAUCCGGUUUUCCCAAGCAGGGGUCCCCUGAAAUCAGAGUCUUCAGAUGAGAGUGACGCCAACAAAAAGCUCUCACAAGUAAGCAGAAAAAAGAAGAAAGAGAAAAAGAAGAAACGGAAGCACCAGCACCGUAAGAAAACGAAGAGGAAACAUGGGCAGUCAAGUAGCAGUGGGUGUGAGUCAGAUGCUGGUUCUGGGAAGGACCCAUCUUCCAGAAGCCUCAGGGGAAGUCAGAAGGAGUCUGAGAAACCCAGUCAAGGAAAUACUGCUGGUGCUGGUGCUGGACAGCAUACUAUUUGGCUGGAUGACAUCCAGACUCUAACGGGAGAAAUCUUCAGGACAGAUAAGAAACCAGACCCUGCCAACUGGGAGUACAAGUCCCUCUACCGUGGGGACAUAGCAAGAUACAAAAGGAAAGGCAACUCCUGCCUAGGCAUUAACCCUAAGAAACAGUGUAUAUCUUGGGAAGGGAUUUCUACAGCAAAGAAGCAUUCCCACAAGCCCCUCGAACGCUAUUUUACAAAGAAGAGUGUGGGAUUACUAAACAUGGACGGAGCUGCUGUGAGCUGUAAAAGUGAACCUCCCUCCUCGGAGCCAGUCUCGUUCAUUCCAGUGAAAGACUCAGAUGACGUGGCUGCUCCUGUUACAAGCUGGUUGAAUCCUUUGGGGAUUUAUGAUCAGUCAACCACGCAGUGGUUACAAGGACAGGGUCCUACAGAGCAAGAAGCAAAGCAGCCAGACUCACAGACAGACAGACAGAAUGCUAUUCUCAAGGCCAAGGUGGAGGAGUUCAACAGGAGAGUUCGGGAGAAUCCUCAAGAUAUUCAGCUAUGGAUGGCGUUUGUAGCAUUUCAGGACGAGGUCAUGAAGAGUCCUGGCCUGUAUGCCAUCGAGGAGGGAGAACAGGAGAAGCCCAAGAAGUCCCUAAAGCUACUCCUGGAGAAGAAGCUGGCUGUUCUGGAGCGGGCCAUUGAGAGCAACCAGAGCAGCGUGGACCUGAAGCUUGCCAGACUGAAGCUCUGUGCAGAAUUCUGGGAGCCCUCCACACUGGUCAAAGAGUGGCAGAAACUGAUCUUCUUACACCCCAAUAAUACGGCCCUGUGGCAAAAAUACCUUGUAUUUUGCCAGAGCCAGUUUAGCACCUUUUCUAUAUCAAAAAUUCUUAGUCUUUAUGGCAAGUGCUUGAGUACUUUGUCUGCUGUUAAGGAUGGCAGCAUCUUAUCUCACCCUGCAUUGCCUGGCACGGAAGAAGCCAUGUUUGCACUCCUCCUUCAGCAGUGCCACUUUCUGCGGCAGGCUGGCCACUCAGAGAAGGCCAUCGCUUUGUUCCAGGCCAUGGUUGACUUCACCUUCUUCAAACCUGACAGUGUGAAAGAUCUGCCUACUAAAGUACAGGUGGAAUUCUUUGAACCCUUCUGGGACAGUGGAGAACCCCGGGCUGGGGAGAAGGGAGCCCGAGGCUGGCGGGCGUGGAUGCACCAGCAGACACGUGGUGGCUGGGUGGUUGUCAAUCCAGAUGAGGAUGACGACGAGCCAGAAGAGGACGACCAGGAGAUAAAAGACAAGACACUGCCCCGAUGGCAGAUCUGGCUUGCUGCUGAGCAUUCACGAGACCAGAGGCACUGGCGUCCCUGGCGUCCUGACAAGACCAAGAAACAAAGUGAGGAAGAUUGUGAGGACCCCGAGAGACAGGUGUUAUUUGAUGAUAUCGGGCAAUCGCUGAUCAGACUUUCCAGCCAAGAUCUCCAGUUCCAGCUGAUUGAGGCCUUUCUGCAGUUCUUGGGUGUGCCUUCUGGCUUUGUUCCUCCAGCUUCGUGCCUCUACCUGGCCAUGGAUGAGAGCAGCAUCUUUGAUAACGGACUUCCUGAUGAAAAGCCCUUGACUUACUUUAGCCUUUCAUUCUCGGGCAUCAGCAGUGUUGGCCACAUGGACCAGUUAGGCUGUCCUCGCUGGACCCAGGGUCAUAACCGAGAGGGCGAGGAGUUCAUUCGAAAUGUCUUCUACCUUGUGAUGCCUUUGUUCUCAGGGAAGCAAAAGUCUCACCUCUGCUUCUCCUGGCUACGGUAUGAGAUUGAAAAGGUCAUUUGGUGUCUACAUACUAAAAACAAGAAGAGAUUAAAGUUCCAGGGGAAGAACUGUAAAAAAUUAGCCAAGAAUCUCCUGAAGGAGCCAGAAAACCGCAACAACUUUUGCCUCUGGAAGCAGUAUGCACAUCUGGAGUGGUUGCUUGGCAACAUAGAGGAUGCCAGAAAAGUUUUUGAUACAGCACUCAGCAUGGCAGGCAGCAGUGAGCUGAAGGAUCGCGAACUCUGUGAGCUCAGUCUGUUGUAUGCUGAGCUAGAGGUGGAACUGUUGCCAAACUCAAGAGAGACCGCCCCGGCCCGAGCUGUGCAUAUCCUAACCCGACUGACGGAGAGCAGUCCCUAUGGGCCCUAUACUGGGCAGGUUUUGGCCAUUCAUGUUUUAAAAGCUCGAAAGGCAUAUGAGCAUGCUCUGCAGGAAUGUCUGGGUGAGAGCCCUGUCUCCACCCCACGUCCUGAUGAGUCCUUGGAUUGCUUGAGUAGCUUGGUCAAAUGCUUUAUGUUCUUCCAGUAUUUGACUGUCGGGAUUGACGCUGUUGUGCGGAUAUAUGAGCAGGUAUUUGCCAAACUGAAGGGCUCUGUUUUGCCAAAAGGCCCUGGCCUGGAGGACAGUGCGUGCUCUCAGAGUUUGACCAGUGUUCUCGAAGCCGUCACCCUGAUGCACACAAGUGUGCUGAGGUUCCACAUGAAAGUCAGUGUUUACCCUCUGACUCCGCUUCGAGAGGUGCUCUCAGAGGCUUUAAGGAUGUAUCCGGGCAACCAGGUUCUUUGGAGGUCCUACGUACAGGUUCAAAAUAAGUCCCACAGUGCCUGCAAGACCAGAAGAUUCUUUGAUUCAAUCACCAGGUCUGCUGAACCCUUAGAGCCUUGGUUGUUUGCUAUUGAAGCUGAGAAAAUGAGGAAAAGUCUGGUGGAAACUGUUCAGAGGGUAGGUGGUAGAGAGAUCCAUGUCACCAUCCCUGAGACGGGCCUCACACAUCGAAUCAGAGCCCUCUUUGAAAAUGCAAUUCGGAGCGACAAUGGCAGCCAGUGCCCCUUACUAUGGAGGAUGUAUUUGAAGUUUUUGGUUUCCUUAGGAAAUAAAGAAAGAAGCAAAGGUGUGUUCUAUAAAGCACUUCAGAACUGUCCUUGGGCAAAAGUGUUGUACAUGGACGCUGUGGAGCAUUUCCCCAACGAGCUGCAGGAGAUCCUGGAUCUUAUGACAGAGAAGGAGCUUCGUGUACGCCUGCCUGCAGAGGAGCUGGAGCUCCUACUGGAGGACUAGAGAGUGGGCCAUCUGCCUGUGGGCUGGGAGCAGAGGGUGGACACUGGAGUGUGGUCUCGCAAGUGUUUCUCUAUAUUUGUGUCUGGAUGCGUAAAUGACACAAAUGCUAUUGUUUUACAUAUUAUAUAUGUGACUGUGUACAUGCAUACAGAGAUGAACAAUUAUGUCAAUGGUGAUGAAACCAUUUGGGGUUGAGGUGUGCACAGCUUCCUCUUUCUUGUCCCCUACCCAGCAAGCACUGGCCCUGCCAUACUGCCCAUAUAGCCCUUGGUGGUGUCCUUGGUCCUGCCAGGCCCUCUUGAGUUUGGAGUCACAGGAUCAUCUCCUAUAGACAGGUCAGUAGAAGAGCAGACAAUCUUCAGUCCAGUACAGUGGAGGGUCAUUUAACAUUCGGUGUCCUGUCCUGAGUCAGGAGUGUGGCAAGGUGCUCAUUUCCUAAGCCCUAUGCUGGUGAUAUCUGCCUUUGUGGACCAGCAGAAUCCUCUGGAACAAGUGAGCUUGGACUCCAGGCCCACCCUGUGCAGCAGGGUCAGAAUCUGCCAUUUUCCAGAGCCAGCUGCUGUGUGCGCAGCGAGGCAUGCAUGGAAAGCAGGAAGCUUGCUGGUGACUCCAGUCCAGAGGAAGAGCACAAAUCACCACCACCAGUUUCCCACCCAAUCUAUUCCCCAGUGGUAACCUGUACCUUGGGAGCCUGGAAUGGCAUGAGAGUGGGCAGGGAAACCCUGAGACAUGAUGAAGCAGCUUCUCACAUCAACUACUGGCAUAUUACUUGCUGUGUGGGAAGAAGGUUAAAAUGAAAAUGUAGGAUUUGCUAUGGGUAGAGCAGUUCCUUGCCUUCUAGCAUAAUAGGUUCAUCUGGCACCUGACCUGCUCAGCCCUGGAUCAGUGCAGCUCCACAUGAGCUGUUGCUGUUCCCAGGAGUCCGUUUGGAUUAUCUUUUCCUAAGAAGCCUUGCUCCCACACUCCCACCACCAUUUGACCAUAUGUAAUCUAUCUCCCCUUUGCUGACACCAUCCAGUCCUGCAUGCCCUCCUCACCUUCAUGGCCCCCAGGGAUGGGUACCCUCAGGAAUGCUCCUUCACCCUACCUAUAUGCCACUUCCCUGUACGGGGUACCCCAGCCCUAUACCUGCACCCUUCUCACCACACCUGGCUGGCAUCCUCACCCUGCCUUUUAGCUUCUCCAUGUGGACAGCCCACCUUCCCACAGGUACACUGUCCCCAUCCACAUCUGGAUGUCAUUUGUGGUAGACAGAAUGGCCCCAAAGAUGUCCAUACUAUAAGCCUUGGAGCCUACACAUGGCCAGAACUAUGCAAAUGGAAAUUCUUUAAAACAGGAAGGUUAUCCUGGGUUAUCUGGGUGGUCCAAUGUAGUCAUGAGGGUCCUUAAGAAAAGGAAGGCAGAUGGGAAGACGAAAAAAAAGGCAGGGAAGCUUAACCUGUUCUGGCUUUGAGGAUAGAGGAGGCCUGGAGUCAGGAGGAAGGGUGGGCUUUACAAGUUGGGAAAGGUCCUCAGUGACAGCCAACCAGGAAGUGCUGACCUCAGCCCUACAACUGCAGGAAACUGAAUUCUGCCAAUCCCAUGUCAAGAACUGGGUUCUCCUUAGAGCCUCCAGAAGGAACACAGUCCUGUCAACAUCAUGACUUUAGGUGUCUUUUAACCUAUGGAACUGAGAUAAAUUUGUAUUGUUUUACUUGUUACGGUGGCAACAGAAAACUAGUACACAGGCCACCCUGCCCCUCAGUGAACUUUUCAGAAAGGAAAGAAGUAAAGAAAAUAAGAAAGGGAAGCUCUCACAUUCUUGAAUUCUGUUUAAAGUGAUGAGGUUCUGAACCCAGGAAGACAAGGUUGGGAUGAGAGUCUUCCCCCAACCUUCUGAGGUUUCUUUUAGUAGCUCUAAGUCUCUUAAGAACACCCUCGUCUCCGCCACACCUCCACCCCCCAGCAUGUGAGCACCUGUGUGGUCCACAGCAGGAAGCUGCUUCCUUCUCUAUAGGCAACAUGCGAGCCACAUGAAGUCAGCCUUUAUUAUUCAAACAAUUAUCACUGGCUCUGUGGCUCUUAUCUUACCUCUCCC